AUGAAUAUUUAUGCUAAACUCAUCGUUCGAUUACCAGCAAAUGGCUGGCGCCUUCUUCUUCAACAGCAACAACACAAAAUCAAUUCCUCGAUACCUUCACUUGCGACUGCUGUAAGACAAGCAAGUAGUGGUCCAAUUCUCGAAUAUGAUGAACCAAAUGCGUAUAAACUUCAUAUGCUUGAAGAAGGACCAAAUAAUCAUGUUUCAUGUACUCGUGAAGAAGGUUUAGAUUUUUAUCGAAAGAUGCAAGUUGUUCGUCGUAUGGAAGCAUCUGCCAAUAAUAUGUAUAAAGCCAAAUUAAUUCGAGGCUUUUGCCAUUUAUAUUCCGGACAGGAAGCUGUUUGUGUCGGAAUGAAAGCAGCCAUGGAUAAAAAUGAUUCUUUAAUCACUGCUUAUCGUGCUCAUGGCUGGACUUAUAUGAUGGGAGUUUCAGUAACUGGUGUAUUAGCUGAAUUAACAGGUAGAAAAACCGGUUGUUCUGAAGGACGUGGUGGUAGUAUGCAUAUGUAUGGACCAAAUUUUUAUGGUGGAAAUGGCAUUGUUGGAGCUCAAGUUCCACUCGGUGCUGGAGUAGCAUUUGCACAUAAAUAUCGUGGCGAACAAAAUGUGUGUGUAGCAUUAUACGGUGAUGGUGCUGCUAAUCAAGGGCAAGUAUUUGAAGCAUUUAACAUGGCAAAAUUAUGGUUACUACCAUGUAUAUUCGUAUGCGAAAACAAUGGCUAUGGCAUGGGUACAAGUACAGCACGCGCUAGUGCAAAUCCAAAUUUUUAUAGACGCUGCGAAUAUAUUCCUGGUUUAUGGGUUGAUGGUAUGGAUGUUCUCGCUGUACGUGAAGCAACAAGAUUUGCACGCAACUGGUGCACAUCAGGAAAGGGCCCUAUCAUUAUGGAAAUGGCUACAUACCGUUACUUUGGACAUUCAAUGUCUGAUCCAGGAACUAGUUAUCGAACACGUGAAGAAGUUCAAGAUGUCCGUAAAAGCCGUGAUCCAAUAGCUUCAUUUCGAGAAAAACUUCUUCAAGCUAAAUUAGCAACAGAAGACGAAUUUAAAGGAAUUGAUAAUGAAGUUAAAAAACUCAUUGAAGAUGCUGAAAAUCAUGCUCAAAAUGAUCCUGAAUUACAAGUCGACGAAUUAUAUUCUCACAUUUAUUCAAAUCCACCAGCUAAUUUUAAAGUUCGCGGAUGCGAUAAUUUUACAUUCAAAGAUAUCUCAAAAUAA